UUCCGGGGACAUUUACGGGAAGCACCUGAACGCAGCACCACAUUAGCAGCACUCCGGCGGCGGUGAACAGAAAGAUGCAGACUAUAAAGUGUGUGGUGGUUGGUGAUGGUGCAGUGGGAAAGACCUGCCUGCUCAUCUCUUAUACUACCAACAAAUUUCCUUCUGAAUACGUCCCCACGGUGUUUGACAACUAUGCCGUGACAGUGAUGAUUGGUGGGGAGCCAUACACUCUGGGACUGUUUGACACUGCAGGUCAGGAGGACUACGACAGACUGCGACCCCUCAGCUAUCCUCAGACCGAUGUCUUCCUCGUCUGUUUCUCCGUUGUGUCCCCUUCCUCCUUUGAGAACGUCAGAGAGAAGUGGGUACCAGAAAUUUCACACCACUGCCCACGAACACCCUUCCUGCUGGUCGGGACUCAGGUGGAUCUGAGAGAUGAUAGCAACACUCUGGAGAAACUGGCCAAGAACAAACAGCGAGCCCUGACCUGUGAGAGCGGAGAGAAGCUGGCUCGUGAGCUCAAGGCCGUCAAAUAUGUGGAGUGUUCAGCUCUUACGCAGAGAGGACUGAAGAACGUGUUUGACGAGGCCAUCUUGGCAGCUUUGGAGCCUCCAGACAACAAACCCAAGAAGCGCUGCGUCCUGCUAUAGAUGCUACGAGAAGAAGAAGAAGAGGAGGAGGACAAGAUAGAGGAGGAGGAGGAGGUGGAUAGGGAGGUGAUGAACCCAGAUGGGAACAGAGGGAGGGAGAACCGAGGGAGGGGUGGGAGGGUAUGAAGGUGGACGAGGCAGACACAUGUUUAAACAGUGCCUUCAGUCGUAGUGACUUAACUUGGGUGUGGUGUUGGAACAGACAGGCGCUUCAUGUCAACCUAAUAUGACUAACACAUUUGAACAACACUCCUCACUAGCCAGGAAACGGGGUUUUGAUAAUGGGAGGAAGCAGGUUGAGCAGCACAGAGGUUUGAACCUCAGAUGCCUUGAAGACAUAAACAAUGGAUGGAGUCACGUUUACAGCUGAAACUGGCAACCACCUUUGUCUUAAAAUCCUACAAAUCUCUCAAAGUCUCACUGUAUAAAUCAUUAAAGUCUUAAAGCUUAAGAACUGUGUAAAAUGAAUGAAAUCACUUUGGCUUGUAAACUGCUGGUUUACAUUUUGUGAAAUUUGUUUUAAUAACAGAUCUGCUGUUGAUUGGGUUCCUGCACCACGCUGGAAAUAUUUGGAGAAAUAAAAAGUUUUGAAGUGGAUAAAAACAAGUCUGGUCUGCGGUAGAGAAAGUGGCACUACAUCUUCAACCCGUAACACUGCUUCCUGCUUUAGUAGGCCACAUUUCAACCUUAAAAAAAAAAAAGAAAAAAAAACAACUUUGCAAUAUGUUGGGUUUUUUUUUCCUGUCAUUUCCAUGUGCAAACAUACCCACUAAGAUGUUAAAACUAGGCCAGAAGUAAAAUAAACUGUUUCCAGUUUAUUAGGUUAUAAUGCAGCUAUGCACAGUUUUUGGACUGACAGCAAAAGAACGUCCUGGAUAAUUACGUGGGCCAGUGUAGCUGCUUUAAUCACACCACAAUUAAAGAAAAUUCUUGAAAAGCAGGAAGUCUUCCCGAGCUGUUGUCAUUACAUUCACAACUGACCAAAAUAAUUAGAAAAUGGAGUCCGGAUGAAAAGAAGUCAGUGCGACAUCAGUGAUGUUUAUUACCGGAAGUCAAAUGUGGAGCAACAACAUUCCCAUCAGAGCUUCAGCAGUCAGCCGUGUCUGUAACAUGACUUCAUCCAUGUCAAAGGAGACUCACACUGUGGCUACACGGAACGUCAGAAGACUGUCAAACAACUGCUUCCACUUCCACUGUAAUCAAUGUAAACAUAAAAAUUGACCAGUCUUCGAUUUAUCUUUUUUUUAAGCUGUGGCUUUUUCCCACAGAAAUUAAUCAAAGUGUCAAUAUUUCGUCAAACUAAACUACAGAUUUACAGGAAAUCAUAAAAAAACAAUUCAAACAUUUUACUUCAUGAAUUCUUUGGUCAUCUGGCAACAAAUGUGGAAUAAUCACCAAAUUAAGAGUCACAAGGUUUUCACCUGACAAUAGAAACAUGCGAAUGUUUGGCAAACGGAGGCUUUUUCCUCUGCGUCAGAAUUCAGUGUGACUGCAAACACUGGAUCUCGCCAUCAGUGGACAUUAACUCACGUUGACUAAAAUGUAUUAAUAAAUUAACUGCAAUUACUUUGCCACGUGAUUACCAUUAUGAAGAGCCUUAAAACAGAAAGAGAAGUUUAAAUGUCAAGGCUUUUGUUGCGUAGAGAAUAUUUGGUGAGGGUUUUAUCCACCACCAAAGCCAAAUCAUAAAAACUGAUAGUAGCUACAGCAAUGUUCAAUGUUUUGACCACUUGUUUUGUUAACUCAGCAUAACUGGCAUUUUUUGUUCAUCAAAUGAUCAGACUUCUGUCAGAUAAGUUAGCAUAGUUUUAUCAUAUUUACCGUUGCAUAUAGUUACAAGAAAUUCUAAAAUAUAUCAUGAUAGUUAAAUAUGAGAAGUGGCUUCAUCUUGCACCUUUGAACGCACACAAUGAACUUGAAACGCCUUAAUUUCAGCGCAUCACUCCGAUCGUUCCAAAUGAGUGUCAAACCUUUGAAAAUGUGUGAAUUUUCCAGCUCUGUAGAUGCCUUAAGAAACAUUAUUUCCUACUCGAGAUGAUUGCUGCCUUAUCACUUAAGUCAGAUGCUAAAAACAAGUUGACUGUCAAACUGUGUUCCCUCUUUUUGUCUUUAAAUCAACGCAUGUCCUGAAACUUUACACUUUUCUAGUAGAUGUGGCCAAAGACCAAACAGCUGUUGCAUGACCUCCUCACAUAUCUCCUGCUUCUCUCUCCUCCUGACUGGAAACCUCAAGCGCUCGCAGGUGUGUUAGCACCUCCUUGAGGCCUUCAAGGGGAACACCGCUCAGUUUCAAAUGUAGGCCAAAUUAGUGUGUGAGGACAUAAAGAAAGCGUCACAAUUUAGACUUGAAUUCGUAGUGUCAUCAGUUGCACCUUUAGUUAUCUAUAAGCAGCUUCACAGGUUUUAGGAGCUUUUCAGAAAGUGAACGUGUUCCUGUUGCGGGUUGGAUAAGAACAUGCUGCCGUAUCCUUUAGAAAUUGAACGAGUUGCUUUCAGUCAAAUCUCUUUCCAGCAAAAUGAAGAGUAAAAAGUAAAUUUACUCUUGCUAUUAUUUGCUAAAUGAAAAGCUGAUGUGAAGGUGGGAUAACUGAUGAUACAUUAUCAUGUUCUCUAUCACUGAUUCAACCCUUAAACUGAAGGUAUUUCCCAUUAAAAUGAAUUCAGAUUCCACUUUUCUUAUACUUUUUUUCAAUUGUUUUGGAGAUGACAGUUUAUUCUGAUAAUGUAUGGAUGAUUACAAGUAUUAUAGAUAUUUUUUCUUUGCUCCUUUAUUGUUUCUUAGGGGAACAUUAUUGUAGCAUGUUUUUGAACACUUUUUUUGGAGUUUUUAUUUCUUUUCCUUUUUAGAUAUUUUUACUUAUUACUUGACGGUUGAGUGCCAACAGUUGGAUUGAGUAUCGCCGGUCUGGUUUGACAAACUAAAUGAUCCUGAUAAUAAGCUUCUAAUGGCAGAAAAGACAAAAACAUAACAGCUGAAGCAAUAAUUACAGAUGUGGGAAACUGUACUGAAAGAUGAAUGUUGGAAGUGGUGGGUGUUUGGAAAUAAUAAAAACAAUACUUGAAUGUUGUUUCACCUUGACUUGAUCUUAUUUUUAUUAAUCUAAAUUGUAACCACAUUUCUUUCUCAUCUGGUUCCCUUUAUUUUAUUUAUCUGCUGUAGUUUUUUUUUUCUACUCUCUAUUUUAUUCUUUAUGAAAUGCACAACAUUAAGUCCUGCUGCCACAGGGAUAAAGUUGUCAAACGUAGGUCGCUAUAGCAAGUGUUUCUUGAGUUUUUCUUAAGUUUUAUCAUUUAGUUUUAAAAAAGAUCAAUUUAAAAUCUAUGCUUGCCCAUAGCAGAAGACAAGGGGGAUGAUUAGCAUAUUCAAGAACAAAUAAUUUCAAUUGUACAUUUGAUGAAUAAAUUCUCAAAUACUCAAAAA